GUCCAGGCGAAUGUCCCAGGAUGUCAUGUCCUCGAAAUCAACGGAGAACCUCUCAACGUCUUACUUCAGGAGCAAGAGCCGUAGCGUGGAUCAUGGAUUUACGGCGCCCUUCGAUUUGGAUGCUCUACGAAAUAAGGUCGAAGGACGUUUCGAAUCUGUGGAUAAGCUCUCGAGAGAUUCCGAUAACGAGAGCAAAGAUGGCUCCACGACGCAGGAGAAGAAGCACGGCCGCGUCUCGCAGCCCAUCAACACCAUUGCCUACACGGUGGGCGACAGAGACACGCUUACGUCGGUGGCGGCGCGAUUCGAUACGACGCCGUCCGAGCUGAGCAAAUUGAACAGGCUCGGAAGCACUUUCAUUUAUUCCGGUCAGCAAUUAUGGGUGCCAGCGAAAGGGGAAGGACGCCCGGGUGGCGGAUCAGCCGCGGAUGCGCCCAGCCCUGACCCUUGCCACGAUCACGAGUCCCAGGAUGACCUACCACCCGAAGAAAAAGAACUUCUGGACAAUCUGAGACCAGUGUCACCAAAGCCAGGCCAUAUGGAACGCAUCAAAACACCUCUUGGGACUUCCGGCGCGUCUGCAAAUGAGGAAGAGCAACCUUUCAGAGAAAGAUUUUUGAAGAUUAACGUCAGACAUAUCACAGAUGGCCAAGGUGUAGUCGGUGGAGUGCUGUUAGUUACGCCAAACGCAGUUAUGUUCGAUCCAAACGUGUCCGAUCCUCUUGUCAUCGAGCAUGGUGCCGAGUCUUACGGUGUGAUCGCUCCGAUGGAGUUUGUAGUCAAUGCUGCAAUUUAUUACGAUAUUGCGCACAUGAGGGUUUCUCACGCCGAAUCCGGAAAUUUGGACAAGAAACCUGAAAUUUAUUACAUGAAGAAACCCCAAGUAGAUAAUCGUAAGUGUCAAUCUCCAGGUAAAGAUGAGAGUUUCCCUGAAUUGGCGGGCGACGACAGCGAGAGCGUAUGUAGCUGCGCCGAGAGAGAUGGCGACGCUUUUCCAAAGGCCUUCGAACGAGAGCUUGUUACUCCUACCAAUCUCCAAAGUGAGGAGAAUUCAACCUCGACCAAAGAUAAAGAGAAAGAGAAAGACAGUAAUGACAGUAAAGAAUUUAGCACUGGCGGCCAAGCUAGUAGAACCUUAGAAGAACGCAGACGUUCUAUGCUUGAUCAUCAUUGGGCAGUUCCUAGCAAAGAUCGGAGUACGUUUUCUGUCGACGACGAGCAACAAGAUUCAUUAAAUUCUGAUAAGCAGGCGGAACCAUCACCUAAAUCAAAUGCCAUUCCCGAAGACGAAGAAGGAUCUCUAGUCAAAUUAUCAUGCCAUGAUUCUGGUAUUGAUAUCCGUGAUCCUAAUCCACCUAUUCCAGUAGUGCAGCCUAUGCCAUCGAAAAAAGUUUAUUCAGAUGCGGACAUUGUUUUAUCCUCAGAUUGGGUUCCUCCGAUAACGAUAGCACCAACGAAUAUUACGAAUACGUUGGAAGCCACUUCUGCUGUUAAUGGCAGGAAAAAAGCCAGCUCAGUAUCCUUUAGCUUGGAAAGUAAUGCAGAAGAGCCCGAGAAGGAUGAGGAGCACAAGGAGGAUGAUAAACAGGAAACUCGAAAGAACAAGAUGCUAAAACGUUUGUCAUAUCCAUUGUCCUGGAUGGAAGGUUUAACUGGAGAGAAGGAUGACGAAAGCAAAUCCAUCUCUGACAAGAUAUCGAGCCUUCCGAACAGCGCGGAUUCCCAUCAUUCCUCUGUUUUCAGCAAAGUCUUCUCGAGCUCGCCGAUCAACCUGGUGAGUGACUUUAGCUCGGGCCUGUUUGCUAAAACCCCCAGCGAAGAGAGUGGCGGGGGCGGUAGAGCGGGCGGAACUCCACCGCUUACCGCCUCCUCUCUCUCCCAGGACUCCAGCAUUUUUUCACCUGGUCCAGGAGGCCUCAUCGGACGCUCUUCCGUGGGUACUUUUAUUAGACAGCAACCUUUAACAUCUUCUGGCAGCAGCAGCGUCGACAGCAGUCGAGGUAGCAAAACUUCCGCGACGGCACCACGACUAGAUUAUCGCAGUAUGGUCUCGGUCGAGGACAUGCCAGAACUGUUUGUGAGUUUUGACAAAUUGAUCCCAAGACCCGCUCGUUCUUGCGAGGACCCACCGUUGUACCUGAGGCUACGAACAGGAAGACCCAAGGACAAGAAAAUACCACGAUCAACGCCAAUUAUGAGCUACGGCAAAAAGAAGCUGCGUCCCGAAUACUGGUUCAGCGUACCGCGCAACAGAGUGGACGAUCUGUAUAGGUUCAUUCAUGCGUGGGUGCCGAGCCUCUAUGGCGAGCUGGAUGAGAACUACUGGCGGGAACGCGGUUACAUCCUGUCCGAUACUGACACUGACCUGUCGCCGGAACUGUCGCCCCAUGAGAGCGGCGACGGCGCGGAUUCCACGGAGGAGAGUAAAACUCGCGACGGGCAAGGUGAUGAUAUCAGCGAGUUGACAAGGGAAUCCUGGGAGCUGAUCAAGGCCCCCUACGUAAAGCUGUACAGCAUCCUGAAGACCUCGAGCACGUCGGCCGAUUCCGAGCAGAUCCAGGAUUCGGAGGUGCUGUCUAUGAGCGAGGAGUUCAGGCGAGCUCUCUACGCGAACAGUGCCAUUUCUUUGGAUAAUGAAGUCAUUGUGCCCGAUCUCAUCGGCAUCACGGAAAUACUCAGCGACGAUCACAGGGAACAGCUCUGUCGUCAUUUGCCCGCGAGAGCGGAGGGUUACCAAUGGACUCUCGUUUUCAGCACCAGCCAGCAUGGUUUCAGUCUCAAUAGCAUGUAUCGAAAAAUGGCGAAAGUUGAGAGUCCGAUUCUAUUAGUUAUCGAGGACACGGAGGGCAACGUGUUUGGUGCACUGACCUCGUGCUCCCUACACGUGAGCGAUCACUUUUAUGGUACCGGCGAGUCCUUGCUCUUCAGGUUUACGCCGAGGUUCCAGUGUUUCAACUGGACUGGGGAUAACCUAUACUUCAUCAAGGGCAACAACGAGAGCUUAGCAAUCGGUGCUGGAGACGGCAAGUUUGGGCUCUGGCUGGAUGGUGAUUUGUAUCAGGGCAGAACACAGUCCUGCAGCACAUACGGCAACGAGCAGUUGGCGCCGCGCGAAGAUUUUGUCGUUAAGACAUUGGAAUGUUGGGCAUUCAUAUAGGACACGGCCUCCUAUCCCCAUCCCGCCACUCCUUCGCCGUCACCACAGCCUAAUUUAACUUGAACUCGUGAACCUCACAAAGGUUUCGCCCCUCAGGAGAAAUUAGAGGAAGACUAACGAUUCUAAGAACACUCGGAGGAGAUGAGUCGUGUCAAUGUUGCCACGAUUAACUCGAUUGCCAUUUGGGGAAAUCUCCUAGUGUUAAACAGGAUUCUCCGAGAAGAAAGGAAUGAAUCGUCAAUGUCUGCAUGAAGAGACAACGAUGACAUUUGCCUGAAGAUGGUGAAAUCGACGAGAAGCAACCUCGAAAGGGAUGCGGUUGGUAAAAAGAGACUGUCGUGGCCCGAAGUUAUGCGAUCAUAGCGCGUGCUACUGAUAACAUGCCUACUUGCAUAGCUAUUGAUUGUCAUUAAUUGCCUCAUCUGACUCCCUUGUCUUUUUUUUAAGUUGGCAUAUUUAUUUUAUUUUUUUUAUAUUCUGUUGAGAUCGUUGCUCGUCAGUGUUUGAUUUACGGUUAUUUGUGAGUUUACCGAGAGUCGAAGAAUUAUGAUUACUUUGUACGAUAAUCGUUACUUCGAACUAGUCGUGAGUUUACACAUCUAACGCCGAUAUAAGAAUAAUUAUGAUAAUGCUGAGGAUGAUGAUGAUGAUGAUGAUAACGAUGAUGAUGAUGAUGAUGAUGAUGAUGAUGAUGAUGAUGAUUAUUAUAUAAUGAUGAUGGUGAUGAAAGAAUGAAAGUAUGAAUGAUUGGAAACGAUGUGGAUGGUAAAUGCGAGGCAAGAUACAUAAUGUUUGACAGAAAAUAAUUUACAAAUUCAAUACAAUGAAAAUGCUAAAACUAACAGUUUGUUGAUGUGUAGAUACUGUAGAUAGUAAAUGUAAAUAUAUACAUAUAUAUUAUAUAUAUAUACAUAUUAUAUAUAUACUAUGAUCGUGUUGCAAUGAUUGAUUUUGACGGUACAAGUAGAGAGAACUCUUUGCGGAACGCUGUGUAGCUCGUCAUGUAUAAUGCAGAUGUUUAUUAAGCCAAGAAACGUACACGCAUAUACAUAUUACAUGCAUACACAUGAGGAUUGAUACACAGAUUACGGGAAGCGUGCUCUCGCGCAACCGAAUAUAAAUAAUCCAUGAUCUGAGAAAAAAACGUAGUUUUAGAAAAAGAGAUACCUCGAGCUGAUCUUACGAUAAGAGAGAAACGAGAAGUCGAACGAGAAGUCAAUGAUAUGCGGAUGUUGACUCGAGUAAAAGCGUAUUCGCGAAUCUUGUCGUCAGUAAAUUAGUAAAUGUGCUUUGAAGUCACGAGUGAUCACAACGAACACACAUGCCUGUGCCUGCUUCGCUCUCUUUGUCUCUCUUCGCCAAGUGUACUCGCGAUACAUUUACAUGAUACGAAGCGAGUAUUUCGAGUGAAUCCAUCUUACUAUACCAGCGUACGAAUUCCCUGAUGCAAACAAUCAAUCACUCUAGAUAGCACAUCGGACGAGAAAUCAUACGAGCGCUCUACUCGCGUUACGAUGCUCUUUUAGACCUAGUUCAACUUUGUACGACCAUAUACACACAAUUACACACUGUCCGAGCUUAUAGUCUCUAUCGCGCGAGCGUCGCCGGAUUAAAACCGAGCGUGUGUAUAUUUAUCUAUCUCUCUGGCGCGUCUCGUCGAUUUGCAAAGAGAAAAUGAAAGAAAAUCUUGUACGCGUGUAAGGCGAGUGAUUCUUAAACAUAAAAAAAAAGAAAA